AUGACGCUAUUGCACCCUCAAACCGUCGAGAAUUUAAUACACUUGGCAACAAAAAAUCGUCACGUUCAUGCCGAUAGACCUUCUUGCCACUUCGUAGUGAAGCGACUGCAGCGGCUGAAGCGCCGACGCUCAAGUCAUGGAUUGAAAGUUGAUGCGUCCGAUCCACUUCAAAAAUUACAAGACAUGGAUGAAGACUUUCAUGUUGGUAAAAACAUGAGCGCUUUGUGCGUCUGUUGGUCCUGUCAGUAUCUUCGACAGUGGAGCACAUCUUUGCAGCCCUACCGUUGUAAUUUUAAAUUAUGUAUGAUUGAAUUUGAGUCUUUCAUAGACAUGUACGAACACCAACUAGAGAUACAUGGAUGUCUGAAUCCUAAAACAAAUCGCGUGGUAAAUGACACUUUUCAUCAGCAGCAAGGCACUUUGGCAUUUCCUCCUGCUACAGUUUAUGCAGCUCAACAAUUUAUGGUCCCAAGUCGUCCACCCACCCCUUGGAAGUCGACAAGCGAACUGGAUGAUGAGGCAAAGAUUGUGCGGGACAAGUUGUGGACUAAUAAUCCGGAUCGAUAUGGUAUCCCUUACCGACUGUUUAAAGCAGGAUACCAGCUAGUGAAACGAAAUGGAUGGAAAGAGAUGCAGCGGCAAUUUCAGAUUGCAAUGGAGCACUAUUACUCGGGACUGAGGUUUCUUGCCUCAAGUCGCGGCUUCCGUGACGGCUGUCCAUCAAUUGAGCGAGGCAGAAAUUGGCUGACGUCGACAGACCGAGAAGACAUUUGCUCGCUAUUUCCAUUUGGCGUCAAUGACAAAGUCGACGUUGAGCCUGAAUUUGUUUUAAUCGACACAAAACAUGACCAAGAAAUGCAAGAACGUAUUAUAGUGCUAAGUGAUGACUCUGAGGAUGAAAUUGUGGUCGUGAAUGCCAAUAAAAAAAAGAAAAAGAAAAUUGAGAGAGGAAACUGCGACGUCAAAUCGAAAGUACUAACUGGUGGUAAAUUCUCAUUACUGAAGAAUCGAAAGCUUGUUAACACUGACAGUGAUGCGCGAGAUGUGGAACCUGAAAAUGGCAAGGGUGAUAAAGAAAACACACUCAACAAACACGAUGUUGUCGAUCUUCAGAGCGACGACAAUGCAGCUUUCAAGUCUAGAAGAUGUGACGACAGCGAAACGGAUAGCAAUUUUGGGCUCGAUGUUUCUCGUCCAGCAUAUGUUGAUAAUAGCGAUAGAAGCAGUGAAAGUGAUGAUGAAGAAAGACACUCGUUAAAAGCUACUCCAAAAAGCUUGAACAUGAUUAUCAGUGUCAGCGACAAAGUGCCAGCAGUAAAACCGCUACCAACGGAUGUCGAGUCUCGCGAGCGAAUACCUGGAACUCCUUUAAUCCCUGGAGGAGCAGCAUGGUCCGAGGACGGUCGACUUGCUGUCGUAUCUGACUCAAGCAUCCUCGUCGCCACUUUCCGCAGUCGCGAACUCGAAAUGUAUCAGCCUUAUGGUCCUGCCGUCUCGAAAGACUUUGUAUUUUUACCGAAAACUCCAAUCAAUGAGCAUGUCCCGGUUGCGAUACCUCGAGUGAUCAAGUCGCUCGACGCUGGACUGCCACAACUCAGUACCACAUAUCUUCUACUAAACGAGAGCGAUCGUCACCAACACAACCCCAAGGAGCUGUCUCUGUCCAAAAACGCUGGAGCUGCUUUCAUUGCCGCCGAAUGGGGACCUCGAGGUUCCGCACCAAAUAAUUCAUGUGCCUUAUUAGCACUCACAGCGUCGUCUAGGCUGAGUCUGCACUUUCCAUCGAGCUUCCACAUGAACUGGAGCGAAGUUGCUGUUCUCUCCGAAAACUUAUUUACAUUUUUUCAACGCCAUUGCUUCCGUUUGGGACCAUCCCAUGAUAAUCGUUCUACUACCAUACCACCAAGUACAGCAAUGGCAACACCACGAGGAGACAAAAAGAUUAGAACACGGAAAAUGGACGAUACGGUUGGUUCUGUUGCUGUAAAUUCUAUAGCUGAGUAUACGCAUCAAUGCGCUUUAUUGUCGACCCUGACCAUGGCAUGGUCACCAUUCAUGGUGACUGUGGAUAAGCAAGUUACUACGUCGCUAAUCGCGCUGUCAGGACGAAAAGUGAGUACUAUCUGGGCAUACAUGUAUCGCUCAUUUGUAGAGGACCACGAAUCGGAACCAUUUCUUUCAACAGCUCCGAUUGCGUGGAUUGAUACGGACAAGUACGGUUGGGUAUCAACAAGUGCUUGGCAGAAAAUGCAUCAAUACGGAACCGCGUUUAAAACGCAAAAAGAGCUUGGAUUAGCGCUAGGAACGUCAGAAGGAAGUGUGUUGAUUGUGAAAGUUCCAGUUACGGAAAAUGUGCCAAAUGAUUCACCACAAGAAUUGACGAUAGAACGCGUCAUCGUGGCUCCUUCUUCUCAGCCAAUUUAUGGAUUGUGCAUGGGCAGUCACUGGACAUUUUCAGAUAGUCCCACUAAUGACUUGAUUGUUGCAUCGGGAUCGACAAUCUCUGUGUGGAAUCUGAAAAAAAAGAAACAGACGCAGCCAAAUGUCAAGUGGAAUGCUCACGAAGGCAAUAUAACUGGUCUUGACAUAGAUUAUUUUGGGGACGCCAUUACCUCAGCUGCUGUGGAUGGCACGAUUAAAGUAUGGAGUAAAACAGGUCAAUUGGUGUACUCAAGUGACGCCGUCCCGCCCAAGUCAGAAAUAGAAGAUUCGGGAUGUACUACGACGACUACUGCGGCAAAUUCGGGUAAAUAUCCGGUGUUUGGUCUGGCCCUGUCACCAAGUUCUGCACUGUUGGCAUGCUUGUUUGUAGUGCCUCCUGCUUCUCGCCCGAACCGUAAAUCUCAGGCUGACGUUUCUUAUAGUCGAGUUUCAAGCUCACUAGAGUACAUUCCGUUGCCAUGGGUAAAAAACUGCGAUCAAAUGAUAGAGAUGGUGUGCCGCAUUCUUAAUGAGAGUCAAUCUGUGAGCAAUUUUAUGGAUGUUGCUUGGCUUUGCUACAACGAUAAUGCAGCCAUUAUGUCAUGCAACGGCUCUUCAAGCUUGGAUAUUCCCAGUGUACUCAACAAGUUCACAAAUGACACCGACAACAGUAAUGUGCUCGCGCCUCAGCCGAUCUAUCUUCAUCUCUGCCAAGAACUUGAAAAGAUAUACGACGAAUCUACUUCGACUGCUAAACAGAAUAUGUGCCUUCCUAUCCCACUUUAUCUCCAAGCAUCGGUAUUGUUGCGCAGUGCAGUCACACCGGCUGAUCAUUUAGUAGCUGCCCACAACUUAGCGCUAGUGAAGCUUCGACGAACACUAGGUGUAUACUGGGCUACGCGAUGUUUGACUGCCCUUGUGGCCGCGGCUACGAAGAAAAAUAAGGUACUCAGUGACCACCUCAAUGGCUCGCCACCGGAAAUUAUCAGUGCUUUGAUAAUGGCUGAUUUUCUUAGUGUGCAAGAUCCGUUGACGUCCUGUCAUGAGACUCUUGUGACGCAAAUUUAUACUCAAUUGGACUCACCCGAUCACGCUGCUGUAUGGAUUGCGUAUGUGAAGGCAAAAGCAAACGAACAGACAGCUGAUGAAAUCAAACCAGCUGUGCCUAUACCACCGUCACGAGAAACGUGUUUUAUCUGCCAAAAGAGUGUACCUUUUGGCGAACUCGAGAUUCUCUGUGCAUCUCGGCAUAUUUUAGAAAGAUGUUUUCUUUCGUUCCGGUGCAUUUCGGCUAUGGAAGUUUGGAAGUGUAUGGGCUGCGGGGCUUCAGCUUCCGAGUUUGACACUUCAGGUGGCACGACACCGUUCUUUCUAUUGGACUCUAACGACCAUGAUGACGAGGCCGCUGCGUCGAGGACGAAAGUCAUUUGUCGCUUGUGUGGAAGCUAUUGCAGAUUUCUUAGAUAUUAA